AUGAUAUGCGUGUGUAGUAAUCGAGAUUCAAAUAGCCAACACAACGGCGGAUGGCUGCCUUACAAUUUCCUGCGGGAAACUGCCGAAGCUGAAGCAAUGGGACGUAAAGUGGAAUUUAAUAAUAAUUCAUUUCGUUCUAAUAUGUUUUCUGAACAAGAUAUAUGUAAAUGGAUUAGUAUUCAUAGUAAACAGACCAAUACAAGCUGGUGUGUGAACAAUAAAUUGUCAAACAGUGAAAGUUCAAGAUAUGUUUGUAGAAAAGUUUAUAUGUGUCACCAUAGUGGAUUUAAUAAAGUUAGUAUUGACAACAACAAAAAAGGGAGAUCAAAAAACACAGAAUGCAAAGCUCAAAUUGACAUUAAAAUUAAACUUAAUACUAAGGACACAAGAAAAAAGGAUAAAUAUAUUAGAGAUGGUUUACCAGCAGUUGUUAUAUUUGUGAAUGAACAUAACCAUAAUUUAGCUUCUGCUGAAGCUUUAUCUUUUUUAAGACCUACCAAUGAAGUUAGAAUAAUAUAUGAAAAUUAUUUCAAUGAUGGUUUAGGCAUAUCAGAGUCUAUAAGUAUCCAUGAAACAAAAUUGGAAUUAGAGUAUGGUAUAAAUUCUGAAGAACUAGCUGAUGCUUCAAUUAACCCUAAGUAUAGGACCGUUCGUCAUUGGUAUGACACUUGGAAAUUAAAUAACCUCGGAUCUUCUAAUGAACUUAGUGUAUUACAGAAACUUGAUGAUAAGAAAACCGAUUAUGAAAAAUGUGGAAUAAUUGUAAGGUUUAAUGAAAAUCCAUUUGCUAUACUAGUGGUCACUCCUAUUAUGCAAAGAGCUCAUCAAUUAGCUUUUUCUAAAGAUAUUGCUUUUGCAGACAGUACUGCGUCAUGUGAUACUCAGAGUCACUCUGUUACAUUUAUGCUAACAUCAUGUGGUAUUGGAGCUAUUCCUCUGGGCAUGUUUAUAACAAAAGGACAAACAGUUGAUGACUAUAAGACUGCAUUUUCAUUACUGAAAGAUUCAGUUCCUAAUAGUUUUUAUGGCCAAGGUUUUCCAAGACAUUUUAUAAUUGAUGAUAGCGAGGCAGAAAGACAAGCACUAAAAUCAAUUUGGCCACAAUCAAAUAUUUUGCUUUGUAGGUUCCAUGUAUUACAGUCAGUUUGGAGAUGGUUAUGGGAUGUAAAACAUAAUAUCAAAAAUGAACACAGAAAAUUGUUAUUUAAAUUAUUUCAAAGUAUUUUAAUUGCACCUGAUUAUAAUAGUGCUCAUAAUGCCUAUACUACUGCUAUUGGCAAAACAAACACUAUAAAUAAUAGUAUAAGUGAUGAAAUUAUACCUCUUAAGUAUGAAAAAUGGGUGAAAUAUAUGAAUAAUUAUUGGGCGAGGAAAGAAUUAUGGUGUCUAGCUUUUAGAGAUGCUACUGUCCAUGGUAAUCAGACCAAUAAUUUUAGUGAAGUUAAUGUACGGAUUUUUAAAGACAUAGUACUCUCUAGAAAUAAGGCAUAUAAUGCCAUUGCACUGGUGGAUUUUAUUUGUACUGGCCUUGAAGAUUACUACUUAAGACGUUUAAGGACUUUUGUUAAUGGUAGAAAUGACACAGCUCGAUUGCUUUUUGAAGAUCAAAUAAAAAGAGCUGUUAAUAUUAAUAAAGAUUCAAUAGAAAAAUUGCCUAACAAUAUAUUUAAAGUACCAUCAGGGUCCGAUUGUGGUUAUUAUGAAGUAGAUGUUACUCAUGGAUUUUGUUCUUGUUCCAAAGGAAACUUGGGAGCUUUUUGCAAGCAUCAGGCAGCAGUAUACCAUCACUUUAACAGAGCCAUGCCUAAUUUACCAGCUAUUACUGUCGAUUCUCGCUAUAUGCUAGCUAAAUUAGCUUUUGGAGAGAAUGUACCUGAAAUAGCAUUUUAUAAGCCACUUCAUCUUGAAAAUAAUAAUUGUCAAUCUAGUGAAGAAACAACAGAAAUUGUUGAAGAUAAUGUAUUAUCAUCUCCAAUAAGAAAUACUAUAGUUGAAACUGAUGAUCAUCUUGAUAAUCAUAAUAUUGAUCAACAGUCGGAUGAAUAUGUUAACCAGAUUCAAGAAUUAAUUAAAACAAAUUUUGAAAAAUUUAAAAGUAAUACUUCAGUUUCUGUACUCUCUAAAUGUUUAGAUCGUUUGAAGAAAGUUAAGUCAAUUGCUACUUGGGAAUCAUUUUUGAGUACUGCUGGUAGUACUAUAUCACUAAGACAUCGAUCUCGUGCAACUAUUCAUGUACAGCCUACUACCAUAAGUAGAAGAAAGCCAGGUGUCACAAGAGGUAGUAAACGUUUAUUAGUAGGACGACCAGUGAAAACAGACAAUAACAAAAGAAAUGUAUUAAAAAGAAAAAGAAAUUUAGCCGAAAAUGUGAGGAAAAAUGUCCCAAAUGCCAAAGGUCAUUGA